UAGCUUUUUAUUUUCUUUCGUGUGUGUCGGUCGGUCAGCUCCCGUUGUGGGCGCGAGCGCUCUUUCAGACAUGGAUCGUCUCUCUUCUUUCUCUUCUAGCGCGAGUUUACUCUAAUCCUCUCCGCGUCCCCGCUCGAUCCAUCGCGCCUCUACUCGCUUUCGAUUGAUAGGGACUGGGCUGGGCCGCAAAUUUGGAUCUUUCGUCUCCUCUAGGCUCCAUAAAACCCCCGGGCCUUCUUUCGCUUCGAUCGAUCGAUCGCCUUUGCGCAUUCAUUUCUCCAAAGGUGAUAUCUUACAGCCAGUUCCUAGCAGCCCAAUUUGGGGAUUUUCUUUCUCUUCCACCGAGAUCUCGCAGAGCUCAGACAUGGAGGUGGUUCAUCCGGGAGGGCUGGACGACCUGGAUGGAUUCCUGAGGCUCUUGGCCAAGCCCGACGCCGAUGGCCAUGGCGAGGAGCUCCAAGAGGACGAUUGCUUCUUCAAUCCGGCCGGGCCAUCGCCGGCUUGCACUGGCACGAUUGGGACCCUGCCUGUCCCCUCCAUGGUCUUUCACGGCGCGGAAGCUUUCUCGGGCGCUUCCACCUCUUCCUCCAGCUCCUCGCAAUUUCUGCUGCCUGGCCAGCCCGCCCUCGCCAGCAGCUACAGCUCCUCGCCGGAGCUCCAGGCCCUGCGCAAGGAGCUGGAGCUCCUCGACGAUCCCAGCGGCACUGGAUUCGAGCUGGGCGGCAGCGAUUUCCAGCAGAUGCCGCGAUUUGGCUUCAACUACUCGUCGGCGAGCAGUGAUCCUUCCCCGAGCACCAGCAGCAGCAAAGUGGUCCUCGAUACCCUCUCGGAAUUCCUCAUGCGCGAUCACUCGAGCACCGCCACUGGAUCGUUGCUUGGAUCGGGCAGGGGAGUGAUCCCCCCGGGCACCCCGAAUUCCUCGAUAUCCUCCUCCUCCAGCGACGAGCCCAUGGAAGCGCUCCAUGGAGGAGUGGCGCCCAAGAGAAAAGCCAGCGACGGCGGGGCAUCAUUGGAUCAUUACGACUCGGCCAGGCAGCAGCCGCAGACGCAGCAGCAGCAGCAGCAGCAGGCCACCAAUCCCAGGAGAAAAGGGAAGAAGAGAAGCCACCAGCCCAGGUAUGCCAUACAAACCAAGAGCGACAAGGAGAUCAUGGACGAUGGCUACCGGUGGAGGAAGUACGGACAAAAGGCCGUGAAGAACAGCCCAUACCCAAGGAGCUACUACCGGUGCACGUACACCAAGUGCCACGUCAAGAAGAGGGUGGAGAGAUCCUCCAAAGAUUCCAGCCUGGUGAUCACCACGUACGAGGGCGUUCACACGCACCACAGCCCCGCGGCCAUCCGGAGCGGCAGCGCCGAGUCGCAGUACAUGAGUUGCGUUUCGAGGCUCUUGUACAAUCACCCCUCCGCCAGCUUUGGCGGCGCCGCCACCGCCACCGGUGCCACCGGUGUCAACGCUAGCAGCAGCAUUGCGAAUCCACUCCUCAUGAGCCACCACCAACACCUCCACCAACACCACCAAUUUGGAAUGCUGGAUCCCUCUGCCGCCGCCGCUGGAUCUGGAUCGAUCCUAUCCUCGGGCCUCGUGGCCGCGAGCUCGCCAAUGAUCGACAAGGGACUUCUGGAGGACAUGGUGAGCUUCUAGAGUUCCUCUUUUUCUCAUCUUCUUGGGGGAUAUUUUGAAACAAGAGCUUGACAAUUUCAACGACGGAAACAUCAACACUAUUUUGUACAUAUUUGAUUCAGGAUAACAAAACUUUCUUUUUAGUUUAUA